AUGGUGAAUCAUGGAGCUUCAAAAGGCUGCCUGACCUGCAAACAGAGGCGAGUCAAAUGCGAUGAGGGCAAGCCGGGCUGCCAGAGGUGUUUUCGCAGGGGGAGAGAAUGCGGCGGCUACGAGAAGCCCCCCACCACUUUGAAGUUCAAGCCGCAGACAUUCAGCUACACUCGCCCUGGACGCCGCGCCCACAUCAUCGACAAGGCCAAUUCCGCCAAAGAGAGCAGGGACUCCAGCCCGCCAAUCUCCCGUACCCCUAGCCCGCCGGUUGUUAACUGCGCGCUCGCCUUCUUUCUCGGUAACUUUGCGGGGAAAGGCCGCGGCUUCGCGUCCUCCCGUGGUUUCUUCGAGCUGCUUGCACCGGCGUUGGCAAAGGAGCCCCAAGACUCGCCCUUGACGCUGGCCCUCUGUGCCCUGUCGACUAAGGUCCUGAAGCAGUGGAAGGAAGACCCGUAUUCCUUCAACAAGCCACACAGACGGCUGGCUCAUGCUUAUGCACGUCUCAGAACCGCCAUUGCCGACCCGAAUGAGAGCAGAACCCAGUCGACCGUGCUGGCGGCUCUCGUCUUCCAGUUCCACGAGAACCUGAGUGCUGUUUUCAGUAUGCAGAAGGCGCAGCGAACACACCAUGAUGGAGCUGUCGCACUGAUGAACCAGCACGGGACAGAGCUGCUCUCUACGCCGUAUGGCCGUCAUAUGGUGCGCUACCUCAUGUUCGUUGAGAUAGCCGCGGCCAUACGGGAGAAGCGACCGUUCCCCACGAGCGUGCUGUCGAUUCCGGAAAUCGCAAAUACCCCAGGGAACCCCAGCGCCGCGCUCGAUCUGAUCGGGGUUGCGGUCGCAAACGUGCAACAUCGCGUCACCUCCUUUGCUGAGCGGCUUGCACUCGAGCCUUUGUUGGAGCGGGAUCUGGAGCCCAUCCUGAUGCAGCUGGACAACAUCCACAUCAGGCUCCUGGACUGGAGGAAUACCUUAUUCAAGGCGUGGAAUCCCAUAUAUGUCUCAAAUGUUAGGGAGACGAACCCUCCGAUAAUCUCGUACCAAGGUGACUGCGAUAUUUAUCCCGAUGUGCAAAUCUCCUCCAUCUGGAGCAAUUGGCGGAGCUACCGCAUUGUGCUCUUCAAAGCGGCGCUCAUACUACUCCGCCAGCUUCCCAAAAUCAGCCCCCGAGUCGUGCAGGUUGCGUACGGCGAGCCGCAAGAUAUACAAGACUUGGAACAGACCACCAGGCAGUCAAUCCAGGAGACAUUCGAUGCCAUGUGCCGGGUCGUCCCAUUCUGCAUGGGCAACCGCACCAGGACGGCAAGCAUGCACGAUAUGGUAGCAGUCGACCUGCAUUUCCCAAGCUACCACGACCCAGGGACAUGCGACCCGUCAGCUCUUGAACAGUGGCCCAGGGAUGAAAUACUCUCCUUGGCGAAUCAUCUUGGACAUAUCAAGGCAUUGGGUGCAUGGCAUGCUUUGACGCCACUGAGUUUCAUGCUGAGCGUGUGUAACGACGAGUACGGCUCGCUUGUGGCCGAGUCCCUGAGGCAAGGGCAGUUGCAGUGGAUUCGUAAGGAGCUCGCCCGCUCGGUUUUGGUGCUCAGCAUGCGAAAAUCUGCUCCCAAUAGCCCUACAUCAGCCCAGUCCUCACCUCCAGGGCAAUACGGUACCACUGGCACAACUCCAACGGAGGAGCCAGGCAGAAGCGGGGCAGGCUAUCCCGAUGACAAUGACACGCUGUACAAGAUGUCUGCGGAUGAGGUGGAACAGCUACGGGGUUCCCUGAGGCUGUCGGGCGGCGCAUAG